AUGAGCUGGACCAGACUGCGCAUCGCGGUUUGGCUAGCAUGCCUCGCCGUGGAUGUGAUAGCAGCAUCCACCUCUAUACAACUGACCACAAUAUCAAAUGCAACUUCGCCCGGGGUAAUAUCACCAGCCCCCCUUGACCCGGCAGCAGCCGCGAUGGAGCAGAUGGCAGCCUCGUUAUCCCCAUGUGCAAGAUACUCGAAAACGUCUUGCAGAGUGCCCGUUCGUCGCAACACAGAUCAAGGCCCCAUCACAUGGACUCUCUUCUCUAUUGCGCUGGUGGCUCUAGCUGCUCGACUGAUCUCCAAAAUUCCUUCUCUGAAUCCUGCAUUCUCGUUCGGCUGGGACGACUGGCUGAUCCUUGCAUCUACUCUUGCGCUGAUUCCAGCAGACAUUGGAUCGCAAAUUUUGAUCGGUAUAGGUCUGGGGCAGGACAUAUGGAUGGUCUCUCCAGACAACAUCACCCAGAUUCUCUUGCUUUUCUUCGUCGAGGAGCUUCUCUACUCAUUCGUUGUGGCUGUCACCAAGUUGUCGAUCCUCAUAUUCUACCUACGUCUCUUCGCCGAGACCUGGUUCCGGGUGGUUUGCUAUGUUAUGUUAGGGGUCACGACGGUCUAUGGUAUCGGGCAGAUACUAGCUAUCGUCCUCGUAUGCUCCCCAGUGAGCUAUAAUUGGACGCAAUGGGAUGGUGAGCAUCAAGGAAAGUGCGGGAACGUUAAUCUCAUGGCCUUUAUCAAUGGUGGAGUGAAUAUUGCCAUCGACUUCAUUUUGUUCAUUUUGCCAGUCACUCAAUUUAUCACUGUCUCGUGGACUCUCAAGAAGAAGAUCGGCGGUGACGGCCUCGAGUGGGAUCCGGCUGGCUACAUUGGCGAAGUUCGGCGGAACGCAGAAUCCGACGUGGCGUUCCGUUGCUCGCCGCAUUCAGGACACUUUGGCACGCAUCACUACAAUCAGGAUAACGGGCAAUCGCUCGGGUUGGGAGAGCUCACAAGCAACCGUAAAGAGCAGCGGCACAGAGAGUUCAACAACUAG